UAUUUACCUGGAAAUCUAAAACGAAACCGAUUCACGGUCGUUCAAGAAACCUUUUUCCUCACAUGAUUAUUACACAGUUUGUUUUUGUCAUGAUAUAUCUUUGAUGGUAUAAGGACAAUGUCCAGACCAAGCAGCUCUAGACCAUGUUCAGCAAGAACUAAUACUGGCAAUCUUUUCCCAUCUCUACAAGGGUUUGUUUUCACAGAAAAGCUUGGUAGUGGAACCUACGCCACUGUUUACAAAGCGUAUAAGAAGACUGGAGGCAGAGAUGUUGUUGCUAUUAAAUGUGUUCUGAAGAGUAGCUUGAACAAAGCUUCAACAGAAAAUUUACUCAGAGAAAUUGAACUACUUAAGAAAUUAAAGCAUCAAAAUAUUGUGGAAUUGUAUGAUUUUCAGUGGGAUGAAAAAUACAUAUUUCUUAUCAUGGAGUUUUGCAGUGGCGGUGAUUUAUCCAGAUUCAUCAGGACAAAGAGAACUUUACCGGAAAGAGUUGUUAAGAAAUUUUUGAAACAGCUUGUAAGUGCUAUGUUAUAUUUACGAGAACACAAUGUUGCUCACAUGGAUUUAAAACCGCAAAAUGUGUUAUUGACUUCUUCUUCAAAUCCAACCGUUAAAAUUGCUGAUUUUGGCUUUGCUAAACAUAUGUUUGAUGGAGAUAAAGAAAGUGUUAUGAAAGGAUCACCAUUAUACAUGGCCCCUGAGAUUAUUUGUCAGAAAACAUAUGAUGCACGAGUUGAUCUCUGGUCUAUAGGAGUGAUUUUGUAUGAAUGUUUAUUUGGUAGAGCACCAUUUGCUUCAAAAUCAUUCCAAGAACUUGGGGCAAAGAUUUGGAAUGACAAACCUGUUGAGUUGCCAUAUGGUGUAAGUGUAAGUGAAGAUUGUGGAGAUGUUAUAACUAGACUGUUACAAAGGGAUCCAGAUAAACGCAUAACAUAUGAAGAGCUAGCCAAACAUUCAUUUAUUGAUAUAGAACAUUCACCUUCAUCGUCAAGUCUUCAAAAAGCAGUUUCUGUUGUUAAAGAAGCUGUCACUGAAGAUACUAAGGGAAAUUAUAGCAAUGCAAUAAAACUUUACUGUGAAUCCCUUGAAUAUUUUAUGCCAGCAAUACAUUAUGAAAAGUGUGAGAACAAGAAAGAGGCACUUAGAAAAAAAGUAAAGGAAUAUAUGAAUAGAGCAGAAGAACUUAAAAAGAUGAUAAGACCCAAAAAAGAUUCUGAAAUGAAAAGAAGUGUUUCAUCUGAUCCUAUGGAAGAGCUUUUGGAUUUAUCAAAAGAUGACGAAGAGCUUCAAGCCGCACUUAAAGUUAUAAAAGCUGCAGAAAUUGAGGAAUCAAAUGAAGAAUAUGAAAAAGCAUUUACACAUUAUGAACUUGGUUUAAAAACUGUUAUCACAUUUUUGAAGGAGGACUCUAAUAGUAGGAGAAAAAAAUUACUAUCAAAACAAGCUCAAGUAUGGAUGUCUGAAGCUGAAAAUAUAAAAUCCUUUUUAGAUGUUAGUCACUUAAAUACAAACGACACAUCAGGUCAGGAAGAGAUGGAAGAGAAUGAACACUUACAAACUGGUACCUGCAAUUUACAGUGAAUCUUUUAAGAAAGGGAAUGCAGAAUUUACAUAUAUGUUUUCCAAUCAAAUAUUUGUACAUGGUUAUAAGAAUAAGGGAGCAUCCAAUUGAUUUUAAUUGGUCAAAAGAGGUGAUUUCAUGAUCAGUUUCAAGGGUUUGUCUAUGCCUUUUUGAAACUUCAAUGAGUUUACCUGGUUGAAGAGCCUUACUCACAUUUUUCAUAUAUGGAAAGUCAUUUGAUCAUAUGUUUUCAAUGUUUCCUGAACAUACCUAAUUCCCUUAACUGUCAUUUGAUAUUCAAAUGGUGUCACUUUACUACUGAUGAACUAACAGUGUUGCCAGAGGUGGAUUUGGAGGGUUUAAGGCCCCCCUCCCCCCAUUUCCUGUGGAAAAUGAUUGAUUAUAUAGGGAAUUACUGAAUCAUUGCUGUUCCCUUUGUUACAAAAUUUUGUUAAAAUUCAUGUUUAUAGUUUAAUAAUUUGCAUAUAAGUUAUUUAUUUAAAUUAUAGCAAUCAGUCUGUGAUUCCAAGAGUGCCAUUUUUGUUUGUAUUUUAGCAAGUGCUUUUCAAGUAAGGUUACCGUAGAUAUUAAUGUGAUCAGGUUAAAAAAAUAAAAGAUUUCUGUAUGCACAACGUACAUGUCAUGCAUGUGUUGCUUGAAUAAUCAUCAAAAGGUGCACUCAUGAUCAAAACCUUAUGGCCCAAAAAUAUAACACAUUUGAAAGCAUGAAAAGUAACAGGAUGUGAAUAGAUCUAGAACUUCCAAUAGUGUCUGAGGUAUAGACUUUGCCUACAAGCCAGACUGUGAGACAUUGUAAUGUUAUCAUGGUUAUAGCCUUACUUUUAGAAUAGAAUUUGUAUAGAUCUAGAACAUUCAAAAUGUUCAAAUACAAAAAUUUAUCCUGAUUAUUUCAAAACUAUUGGGAAGAUUUCAAUGAAUUUUGGGAAUAUUAACUUGGAACUUGUGUAUCAAAGUUAAACCAGAAUAUUUUCGUGUUAUAAAAUACUUCAGGAUAUUUCAGUGUUAUCAUGAUCAGAAUGUGAAACAUUGACAUAUUAACCUUAUCUUUGCAUAACUUUUUUUUCUAACUGGCAGUCAAGAUGGUGCUAAUUAGUAGUCUCAUUAUAGGUGUAUAUGAAGAAUGUAAAUCAGUACAUAAAUCUGAUUUUUGUGAUAAGCACCUGUCAACAUCCUUUUGUAAAGUCAUAUAAAAUAUUUUAUUAGCUUACAUAUAAUCAGGUACUGCAGAUAAUUAGCAUCAUUAGUUGUUAAUGUGUCUUUUUUAUGAAAAAGGAAGCUACAUGCCUAUGUUUGUUACUAUAUAUGAGAUUUUGUUCUUGGAUUACAAUUAUUUACUGUUUAAGUACUGUAUGAUAAAUGUUCAAAGUUCAUAGUGUUAUAUAAAAAAAAACUUUGGUUGCAUAGUUUUACUUUGGGUCAUUUUGUUGGUUGGUACAAAACCUUUGAUCAUGACAACUUUUCAGAAUCACAUGAAUUUAUUUAAUGAUUGAAUGAUUUAUAUAUUUUUUCUGGAAUGCUUUUGAAAACUUGUGUGGCAAGCUUGGAUGCAACAUACUGCAUGUAGAUGCUUUGAGAAAUUUUGCCUUAUUUGUGUAUUUUUAUCAUUUUGCUUGAAAUUUCUGCAUUGUGAUAAAAAAGUAUCCAAUUUGGGUAAUUUCAUUUUUUUUUUGCUGUAAGUGCCUCCUUUGAUUAUUUCAUUAUCAUACAUGCAAUUCUUUAAUUUAUAAUUUUCAAUAAUUAUUUAUUUUAUUCCUACACCUUAAAAUUUAUCCUGUUUACAUUUUGUAUAUACAAGUCGAUCCUUGUUACAAGUUGUACUUGCUUGUAUUUAGUCACAGCAUGUACACAUGAUGUACAUUUAUAUCUUGUUUUUAUUUUACAAAACAAACUGCAUAGCAUAAUAUCUCAUGCUUUAUCAUUCAAUUUUUCAGAGCUAAAAAAGAAAAUGAUUUAUGUGUGUGCCUGUAAUUAAGUCUGCGUGAAGAUUAUUAUGUUCCUGUAUUUGUGAACUUGUACUUGAGUUUCAUUUGAAUAAUGUUGUUAUUUUAUGCACUACAUAUAGUGUGCUGUUAUAUUAAAAGUAAAAUUUUUUGUAUUGUAUGAAUCUUGAUAAAUGCCUAUUAAAAUAUCAUAUACUGAAAUUAAGGUAACUGAACUCUGGUGAAGUGUUUUUCAAGAAAAACAGAAAUUUAUGGUUAUUGCUCUUAAAUAAAGAUUUUUACGUACCCUUUUUUGCAUUUUAGGCAAAAAGUAUAGAGAUAGAGUUAA